CCAGCAGUAAUUACUGUUUCCCAGAAAAUGAAACUGAAGCUGCACUGGUCACGUGACAGGUAGUGCUGCAUAUAGUCUGCUGCCUUUGUCCGGCUCUCAGCCUCGGGCUUCAGAUCUGCCAGUGGCCACCGCAGCCCUCCUGCCCCGAGGCAUGCAGUGCCCAUCCUGCCCCUACAUCUCCAGAGAGGAUGCCAACUUCUGCAGCAACUGCGGACAGAGGCUACGCCCUGCUGCUCCCCAGAAAGGCCAUGGCCCCCAGCUGCCGUCAGCCCCGCAGGAGGAGAUGAAGAGUGAACAAGAGUUGAAGGAGGAAGGUGGUACUUUUGCUUCCCUGUCAUCAAAUGACUGGCAAGAAAUCCCAGAAGAAUCUGGCUCCUGGAGCCUCCAGACAGAAAGCGCCUCAGAAUUUUCUGUAGGAAUUGCCCAGCCUUCUGAUGAACUGGAGGUGUCUAGUUUCCCUCCCAGCAAAAGAAGAAAAGAGGCCGAGGCCCCAGCUGACGUGUCCUCCACAUACCCUGAGCAGAGUAAAAAGAAGAGGAGGAAAAUGAAGAAGCAGAAGAAUUCUACCUCCACUGCUGGGGAGCCAGACUCCCUGUCCCCAUCCUUGUCCCUGUCUCUGCCCCCCUCCACCCCUUGCCACCCAAGUUCUCCCACUGGCCAGGACUCCAGCCCUGCCCAGCUGCUGGGUGGGCUCAGCCCACCCCCAGGUACUGACACCAGCCCCCUGCAGGGAGGUAACACUGCUGGGAAGACUGGGGACAGCCCUCUGCAGUGCCAGCCCAUAACAGGCCAGCCUCAGGGAAGCUUGACACCCCAGGACCAGACCCCAGGAGAAGGCCUCCCUGAAGGGAAGGAGCAAAACAGCACCCACCCUGGCAAAGGCAGGGCUGUUCCUGCUGAGGGGGCUGGUGCAGUCACCUCUGCCCAGGAGCCUGAGUCCAACAGAGACAGAUACACACACACAACAGAAGCACAGACCCCAGGGCAGCCCACCAAGAGACCUAGCCAAGGGACCAGCGAGGCUGCAGGAAAAGGGUCCAAGAAAGGUGAAAAAAGCAAGACUGAGAAAGCAAAGCAGACACUUGCACAGGAUGCUCAUCUGCAGGAGUGGGGACAGGAAGCUGCUGCCUCAGGCAGGACAGCUGGUGCUGGGGACAAAGCUGGCAGGAAGGAGAAAGAGAGCAGCAUGGAGGGGAAGAAGCCGGAAGGGAGCAGCAGGAACUCUGCAGCUGCUGUGAAAACCGAGAGGGAGCAGAGGAGCCAGAAGGCAGAGGCCCAGGAAGAGAAAGGGAGCUCCUUGAGCACAGGGGAGGGGGUCACAGUGUACUUCCACGCGAUCCUUUCAAAAAACUUCAGCUUCAACCCUGACCGCCACAACAUCUUUGUCAGAGGCGGAGAAGAGCUUGGGGCAGCCAAGUGGAAGCACAAUGUCUGUGAGAUGUACUGUAGCAAGGACCUAGGUGAGCAUGGGACCCUGGUAGAAGGCAGCACCAUCAUUUCCAAGCAGCACUUGGAUAAAUCCAUCCCGUACAAGUAUGUCAUCAUGCAUGAUGGCGACAGUGUUGAUUAUGAGUUCAUCUACAAAGACCCACAGAUUAAGAAGGAACACGUUAACCGCUGCCUGUAUGUGAGGUCAUCUCUUCUCGACUCGGGAGAGUGGCACCAGUAUGAUGACAUCAUUUGUAAGAGGCCUGGUACCAUGCAGAAAGCCAUAGAGUGGAUUAAAAGUAAAAAGAAAGAAUUAGUGAACGGGAAGCGGAUCGCCAUGGGGGUCAUGCUGGACAGUAUCUUCAGCAUCCUGCAGAGCUGGAAUGCCAUCAACGUCCACAACUUCUUCACGCAGCUGCAGCAGCUCUAUGCCGUCAUCUGUGUGCCCAUGGUGCAUGAGGGGCAACCCCUGGAGUGGACUGAGCUGCAGUAUGGGAAGAAGGAGGUGCAGGCACACCUGUGGGGGCACCUGAAACAGAAAAUGGCACCAUUCCUAAACAAAAAUGGGAGCUCUCUGCCUGAAGGCUACCCAGUGAGGAGUCCAGUGAGUAUGGGCCUCCUGGCCCUCUUUGUCGUGGAGAAAUUUCAGCUGACCUUGGCAGAGGAGGACCUGGCCUCCCUGUGUUGCCUGCUGUGUGCCCACACCACCUCCUCCGAUGCCCUGAAGAAUGACUUGGCCUUCAUCCUGGACACACCACACAGCUGGAGAGAAUUCUUGGUGAACCUGUGUCAUCAGUGCAUGAAGAAAGAGAUGGAGCUCUGGGUGGCUGCCCUGCCCGUGCUGCACCACUGCAUGCAGCUGUCCAUUCCAGUGCAGGGCCCCAGGAUCCUGCCUGAGGACACAUGGGCAGCCCUCGAAGGCCUCUCCUUCUCGGAGUUUCGGGAAAAGACACAAACAAAGAAGUCAUUACUUCAGUUCAUGAUCAAGAAAAGACAUUUGCUGCAACUCGAUCCGUUUCUGUUCCAGUCCUGGUUUAGCUUGCUACCUCUGAGUGAGCUGGACAGCUACUUGAGAGAGUUUGCUGAUGACCUGAACCGCUUUCCGACUUGGAUACUGGACUGCUUUUUGGGGACCCACUAUCGGUUUCAAGGACUUAAGACCAUUCUUUGCUACAACCAGGAGUGUAUCACUAAAACACUGAAAGCACUGUUGCACCUCUUGGAUGCUCAUCAGAGCAGGAUUCUCCAGGCAUCCUCAGUCCAGUCCUACCUUACGGUGUGUCUGAAACUCCAUGAAAACAUCUGUAGGAUAUCAAAAACCUGCAUGUAUUAUGAGAUUCCUGCCUUAUCUGCCAAGCUCGUCUGCAGAAUCAUUAUUUUGCUGCAGCCUCCAGUGGAUUCAGCAGAAGCACAGGGGAAGGAGACAGAGAUGAAGAAUUUGAUUGACUCCAUCUUCCAGGCAACUCUCCAUGUGACUAGAACUUGGCUACAGAGAAUUUUCAAACUGGGCAUGUUCCAGAUUGGUUCUACUUUAAAGUUCAGUUACUGGAAUGAAAUUAAGAUCUGGAGGCAGCUUGUGGAAAUCAACUUCCCUGCAGAGUAUGGCUGGAAGGAGUCUCUGUUGGAAGACUUGGAAGGGAGGAUCAAACAGGGCCAGCCCCACAUUCAGAUCUCUGCCUGGGACACCGUCGGCUCAGAUGACAGCGUGUCAAAGUGCUUUGAGAAAUGUGCCCUGGAAACGGUGACUUCAGCCUGCAAGUCCCAGACCAGCAUCCUGGAGCAGGUAUCCUACCACGACUGGAAAAAGUUCGGUGUCCUUGUGUCGGCUGUCAUCACCAAGGGAUGGCCACGGCGUGCUGGGAGCUUUGUGGAUGACUUGGAUGAGACGUUGACAUAUCUGCUCACAGGGCCAGAUAUCAAGCACAUCUUCAAAUUGUUAGGAACCAAGGAUAAAAUCCUAGAGAAUAUUACAGAGGAAGGCAAGAAGCUGAUGGCCAUCGCCGACUCCGUGAUCACCAAGGUGUCCAGUGACCUGCAGAGAAGGACCAUCCUGAUCGGACAGCUGGAACUGAUCCUUGAGCACCGGAGCCAAUUUCUCAGCAUCUGGGAGCUGAAGAGAAAAAAUCUUUCCCCUCAGGAGAAAAAACUGGAGCUAAAAGGCAUGCUGGAUGAGAGACAGGAAGAACUGAAUUUUCUAAAUAAAGAGAAAACAUACAUCAGCAGUCUCUUGAAGUUGUGUGGGAAGGUAGAAGACCUGAUCAAAGUGGACAUUGAAAAGAUUGCAGAAAAACAUGCAGAAGACCUCAGCAGAAAAAUGCUUAAGGAUGUCUUGUUGACAAUUCCAUUGCCUACCUCUUUUGGGAGCCUGAAACAAGACAUCCAUUAUGACCUGAGUUCUGACAUCAAGAAAAUGGCCAAGAAAGCCAAUGCCCUGAAGGACAGCCACCUCUUCCAGGUCUUCUGGAAAGAGGAGGCAGCAUCUCUGGGAGAGUCUGAGGACCUGGUGGAGAGUAACGCCAUUUCACUGGAGGCCGUACACAUGUACCUAUUCUCUCCUUGCUUCAAACGGUUCAUGGAACUGUACAAGGACCUCAGGUCGGGAGAGGUAACCCUGGCCAAAGUCGAUGCCGUCUUCAAGGACUUUGUGCACAGAGAUGACCAGCUGGCUUCUGAACUCCAGCUCAUGUGUCACCAGGACAAAGACACUACUGGGCAGUGGAUCCCUGAGCGUGUGGAGCAGAUCCGAGAGUAUCAUCACCUGCAUCAGGCAGUGAACUCGGCCAAGGUCAUCCUGAAGGUCAAAGAAAAUCUGGGCCUCAAUGGCGACUUCUGUGUCCUCCAGAAUUUGCUCAACUUUGCUGACCACUUCGCUGAGUUUCAGCAUGAAAAGCUGACCUGCAUCAACCGGCAGCUCAUCUGCGCCCGAAAGCUGCUGCAGGACAUCACAGAGCCCCGGUACAGGUGUCUGGACGAGCUCACCCGCAGCAAGGAGUUCAUCAGCUGGGUCCAGGAGACCCUGGAAGGCAUAACAGACCUGAAGGUAUUUGUGGACUUGGCCUCCAUCUCAGCAGGCGAGAACGACAUUGAUGUGGACCGUGUGGCCUGCUUCCAUGAUGCCGUGCAGGGCUACUCCUCCCUGCUUUAUAAGCUGGACAGCCACUCAGGCUUCAACGAGCUCACUGACCAGCUUCAAGAGCUGUGGAAGGCUCUGGAAAAUGACCAGAGCCUGCCCAACAAGCUGCGGGACUCAGCCCGGAGCCUGGAGUGGUUGAAGACGGUGCGGGAUAGCCACGGCUCGGUGGAGCUCUCCUCCCUGUCCCUGGCCACAGCCAUCAAUAGCCGGGGCAUCUAUCUGAUCCAGGCCCCUGCCCAUGGCCAGCAGAUCUCCCCUGACACAGUCGUGCACCUAGUGCUACCCGAAAGCCAUGGGGUGCAAGAGCAGAUGCGGGAAUACUCUCUGGAGGAGCUGAAGGAGCUGCUCAACAAGCUGAUGCUCAUGUCUGGCAAGAGGGAGCACAGCAAUGUGGAGGUGGAGGUGUUCUCAGAGGUGUUCUGUGGUGUACAGAGGUUGGUGCAGGCCUUCAUCCACCUCUACUCAGCUGGGAACCUGCUUUUCAGGGCCUGGACAGCAAAGGUACAGUGCUCCCCCCGGGAGGGCUUAGUGGUGCUGGAUUUCCACGUGAGGAUGCUGCCACAGCUGUCGGAGCACGGGCCAGUGACAGAGCUGCUGCAGGCCGUGUGCCGUGAGCUGGAGGCUUUCCUGCAGCGCUGGCAGAGCUAUGUAGCACAGAAGCGUGCCCAGCACUUCUAUCUCAACUACUACACAGCCGAGCAGCUGGUGCUCCUGAGCAGGGAGUUGGGCCAGCAGCCGCCCAGCCAGGGGGCCCUCACCAUGCUGAGCUUUGUGCUGGAAAACUGCUCACCCAGGGAUGUGGCCAAGGCCUGUGGGGCCUCGGGCAGCCAGGCCUCAGCCUCACAGCGGGAGAAGGUGGUAGAGGCGCUACUGGGCCAGGGCGGCCUGGCGGCCCAGCUGCAGGAAGUGCUAGGCCAGUCCCUGGAGUGCAUGGGCACCUUCCUGCCCACCUGCCUGGAUCUGGGUGUCCUGGGUCGCAGCCUGGAGUGCCUGGCCAAGAUGGGCGGCCCCCCAGUGAAGCGCAGGCUGCCCAAGGGCCUGCAGGCUGGCCGGCCCAACCUGGUGGCCUGUGGCCCCUCAGAGCUGCUGCUGGCUACCCUAGCCAUCUACAUGCAGAGCCCAGAGCAGCCGCUGCCCAGCUACAGUGAGGUGUUGCUGUGCCAACCUGACACCACUUUUGAAGAGGUGGAGCUGCUGUUGCGUCGCUGCCUGAGCCCUGGUGCGCCCGGCCACCGCCUGUACUGUCUGCUGUUUGCUGAGCGGCUGGGCUUUGAGGUGGGCUGCCAGGCUGAGCGGCUGCUGCAGCAGCUGUGCUCACAGCCCCACCGCGAGGACUACCAGCUGGUGCUGCUGUGUGAAGGCGAGCGUGAGCGCGGCUAUCUGCCCUCAGCGCUCAGCCAGUACAAGGUCCCCGUGGUGCCCCAGAAGCCCCUGCACACCCUCCAGGACUAUUUGGCGCGCCACUUCCAGGUCCCUGAGGAGAUCUACUCGGCUGCCUCUGUGUUCAGGGAUCGGAUGUGCGUGGGCAUCGUGGCCUCCAAGAGAGCGGGGGUUGGAAAAUCUCUCUAUGUGAAGAGAUUACAUGAGAAACUGAGAGCCAAGUUUAAAAGGAAUAGUGUGUCUCUGAAAGUCAUUCGACUGAUCAACCCUCAGGUGGAUGAGACCCAGGUCCUGGGUGCCCUGCUGCCUUUCCUGGAUGCCCACUAUCAGAACCAACCCGUGCUCUUCCACCUGGAUGUGACCUCUGCAGUGCGGUUGGGGAUCGAGGAGUUUCUCUUCAAGCUCCUCAUUCUGCAGUACUUGGCAGAUGCCAAUGGGAAGAUAUGGCUUCGGAACCCACACCACCUAUACAUCGUGGAGAUCCUGGAAGGGGCUUCAGCUCUGCCAAAGAGGUCUACAAAGCAGAGUGCCCGAAUGUCUGAGUUCAACUUCCUCAACAUCUUCCCUAAAGUUACCUGCCGGCCUCCCAAGGAGGUGAUCCACCUGGAGUUGAGCCCCAAGCAGAGGCAACAGGAGCCAGGGAUGGACAUGGAGGAGUUCCGCAGUGAGACCUUCCAGAGGCCUUUCCAGUACUUGAGGCGCUUCUUCCAAAAAGAGAACCUGGAUAUGUUCCAGUACAGGAAGGGCUCUGUGGAGGGCACCCCAGGGGAGUGCAUCCAGCAGCUCCUCAUCCACUGUGGGGUGAUGGACCCAUCCUGGUUGGAGCUGCACAACUUUGCCUGUUUCCUCAACUACCAGCUCAGAGACUGCGAGAACUCCACCUUCUGCGACCUUGAGGCUACUGGGGACACACUGAGGGGCUUCAAGGACUUCGUGGUCUCCUUCAUGGUCCUCAUGGCCAGGGACUUUGCUACGCCGACACUCCACACGUUCGACCAGAGCCCGGGCCACCACAUGGUCACCCCAGAUGGGGUCUUGGAGGAGGACUUGGCCCCCUUCUCUCUCCGAAAGCGCUGGGAGUCAGAGCCCCACCCCUAUGCCUUCUUCAAUGAUGACCACGUCACCAUGACCUUCAUCGGCUUCCACAUCCAGCCUAAUCUGCAGGGCGGUAUGGACGCCGUCCAGCCCUCAAGCCACGAGGUCCUCAAGCACAACGUCAUGACCAAGCAGCUGCACCACGCACUUGAGCUGCAGCGUGUGCCCUUCAACAUGGACUUUGACCAGUUGCCCAGACACCAAAAGCUGGAGAAGCUGGCGCUGGCACUGGGCAUCCAGUGGCCCUUGGACCCAGAUGAGACAUACGAGCUGACGACAGACAACAUGCUUAAGAUCCUGGCUAUAGAGAUGCGUUUCCGCUGUGGCAUUCCUGUCAUCAUCAUGGGGGAGACCGGCUGCGGGAAGACCAGGCUCAUCCGCUUCCUCAGCGACCUGCGGAGGGGGGGCGCCCACACUGAGACCCUCUGUCUGGUCAAGGUGCACGGUGGCACCACGGCCCAGAUGAUCCAUGACAAGGUGCAGGAGGCUGAAGCACUGGCCCUCUACAACAAGAGGGCCCAUCAGCUGGACACCAUCUUGUUCUUUGAUGAAGCCAACACUACCGAAGCCAUCAGCUGCAUCAAGGAAGUACUGUGUGACCGCACCGUGGAUGGCCAGCCGCUGGCAGAAGGCUCGGGCCUGCACAUCAUUGCAGCCUGCAACCCCUACCGAAAGCACUCACAGGAGAUGAUCAACCGCCUGGAGUCGGCAGGGCUGGGCUAUAGGGUCCGGGCAGAGGAGACCACCGACAGGCUGGGCUCUAUCCCGCUGAGGCAGUUGGUCUACCGCGUGCAUGCACUGCCCCCCAGCCUCAUCCCCUUGGUGUGGGACUUCGGGCAGCUGAACGAUGCCUCGGAGAGGCUGUACAUACAGCAGAUUGUGCAGAGGCUGGCCAGCUCCUCCAUGGGUCUGCAGCAGAGGAAGAUGGCAGUGAUUACAGAGGUGCUGUCAGCCUCACAGGCCUUCAUGCGAGGCAGGGAGGGUGAGUGCAGUUUUGUCAGCCUCCGGGAUGUGGAGCGCUGCGUCAAGGUCUUUCAGUGGUUCUAUGAGCGCAGCCCCCAGCUCCUGGCUCAGCUGGAGUCCUUCCUCCGCAAGUCUGGAGGUGGCCCCAGCGAUUUCAAGAGGGACCCUGUCCUCUGGUCCCUAGUGCUGGCACUAGGGGUGUGCUACCAUGCUUCACUAGAGGAGAAGGUCGCCUACCGCAUGGCCAUCAGCCAGAUCCUCCCAGAGCCCUAUGACAAUGGCAAGGUGAUCCUGGAAGAAAUCACCCAGGUACAGGAUCUGUUCCUGGAGGGUGUGGCCCUGAGGAAGACCAUCGCAAAGAACCUGGCGCUGAAGGAGAACGUCUUCAUGAUGGUCAUCUGCAUCGAACUCAAGAUCCCCCUCUUCCUGGUGGGGAAGCCAGGCAGCUCCAAGUCCCUGGCCAAGACUAUUGUGGCCGAUGCCAUGCAGGGCCAGGCCGCCCACUCGGACCUGUUCCGCAGCCUCAAGCAGGUGCACUUGGUCUCAUUCCAGUGCAGCCCACACUCCACCCCGCAAGGCAUCAUCAGCACCUUCAGGCAGUGUGCCCGCUUCCAACAGGGUAAGGACCUACAGCAGUAUGUGUCAGUGGUGGUGCUCGAUGAGGUGGGGCUGGCCGAAGACUCACCCAAGAUGCCCCUCAAGACUCUGCAUCCCCUGCUGGAGGAUGGCUGCAUCGAGGAUGAUGCAGCCCCUCACAAGAAGGUGGGUUUCAUUGGCAUUUCCAACUGGGCCCUGGACCCUGCCAAGAUGAACCGAGGCAUCUUUGUGUCCCGGGGUGCCCCCAGCAAGAGUGAGCUCAUCCAGAGCGCCGAGGGCAUCUGCUCCUCCGAGCCCCUCGUGCAGGAACGGGUUCGGGGCUAUUUUGCACCCUUUGCAAGAGCCUACGAGGAUGUGUGUGAGAGGCAGGACAAGGAGUUCUUUGGGCUCCGGGACUACUACAGCCUCAUCAAGAUGCUCUUUGCUGUGGCCAAAGCUACCCAACGGGAGCCGUCCCCCCAAGACCUGGCACAGGCAGUGCUGCGUAACUUCAGCGGCAAGGACGAUGUGGAUGCACUGGACAUCUUCGCCAGCCAUGUGCCUGAGGCCCGGUGCCUGGGCAUCAGCACCAUGCAGCUGAUCCAGCAGAACAUGCUGGGCGAGUUCCAGAAGCUUCCAGGCUGCAGCACACUGGAGGAUGCUGAGUCGCGCUACCUCCUGGUACUGACCCGGAACUACGUGGCCCUGCAGAUCCUGCAACAGGUGCUGUUUGCAGGGGACCAGCAGCCUGAAAUCAUCUUUGGCUCCAGCUUCCCACAGGACCAAGAGUACACACAGAUCUGCAGGAACAUCAACCGUGUGAAGAUCUGCAUGGAGACAGGCCGCACGGUGGUGCUACUCAACCUGCAAAACCUCUAUGAGAGCCUGUAUGACGCGCUCAACCAGUACUAUGUCUACCUGGGCGGGCAGAAGUACGUGGACCUGGGACUGGGCACUCACCGCGUCAAGUGCCGUGUACACCCCAACUUCCGCCUGGUGGUCAUCGAGGAGAAGGAUGUGGUGUACAGGCACUUCCCCAUCCCACUCAUCAACCGGCUGGAGAAGCACUACCUGGACAUCCACACCGUGCUGGAGGCCUGGCAGCAGGAGGUGGUGAAGGAGCUCCAGCACUGGGUGGACAACUUUAUCCAGGUCAAGGCUGAGCACUUCCAGACUGGUCACCGCUACAACCCAUCUGAUAUCUUCAUUGGCUUCCACGCCGACGCCUGUGCCUCCUUGGUGCUGCAGGUGCUGGAGCAGCGGGUAGCCCGAACCCCCUUGCCAGAGCAGCGCCAGCAAGUAGUGGAGGAGGCCAAGCUGCUUCUGCUGGCCUGCGCCACCCCUGAUGCUGUGGUGCGGCUCAGAGACUCCUCUCUGGGUGGCUUUGCAGCCAAGGCCUUGUCGAAGGAGUACUAUAACCAGCAGCAGCAUGAUUCCUUCUCCGACUUCCUCCAGGCUCACCUCGGUGAAGAGCACACUGACCAGCAUGCUGUCUUCACAGAGAUCACCACUUUCUCCAGAUUGUUGACCAGUCAUGAUGCCGACAUUUUAGAGUCCGAGGUGAAGGCCUGGGCUCCGAGACCCAGCAUUCUGUCCCUGCAGCAAUUCGACACUGAGUAUUCAUUUCUCAAAGAAAUCAGAAACUGCUUGAAGAAGAGGGCAGAGUACAAAAUCCUCAUCAUUCAAACAGAUUUUGAGGAUGGAAUACACAGUGCUCAGCUCGUGGCCUCGGCUAAGUACUCAGUGAUAAAUGAAAUCAACAAGAAGCAAGGGAAUGAGGGCUGCACCUUCGUCUACUUCAUCACCAAGCUGUCCCGCAUGGGCAGCGGGACCUGUUAUGUGGGAUUCCAUGGAGGGCUGUGGCAAUCUGUGCACAUUGACGACUUGCGGAGAUCCACGGUCAUGGUUUCAGAUGUGACCAAGCUGCAGGAGGUGACCAUCAGCCAGCUGUUUCAUCCAGAGGAGGGACCCAAGGAGAUGACCAGACCUGAACCAGAGGACAGCACAGAGGACAGCAUGGAGACAGAGCCUGCGGUUGUGGAGCUGGAGGCAGCAAUGGAGACUGGGCCUGACCCACAGGAGGAGCCCGAGAUGGAGACCAAAGGCCCUGACACCAUGGAGAAGGAGCUCCCUGAGUUGGGGGGCUGUCCUGUCCUAGAUACCACAAGGCUGCUGCGGAGCUGCAUCCAGGGUGCGGUGGGCCUGCUCCGGGACCCACAGGGUUGCCGCCAACGCAACGUGCAGAGGGUGGAGACGCUCCUAGCGCUCCUCACUGAUGAGGACCCCAGUGCAGCUUCCUUCCUGCGGGUUUGCAAGCUGCGCCUCCAUGAACUGCUGAGGAAGCAGGAGGAGCUGUCCUUCGUUACCAUGAAGGAGUGGGUGGUUCGGGCAGCUUCCAACCAGGAUGCACUGCAGGAGGCCGGCACAUUCAGGCAGGCCCUUUGGAAGCGCAUCCAGGCUGCAGUGACCCCUCUCCUGGCCAGCAUACUGUCUUACAUUGACAGAGAUAGCAACCUGGAGCUACUGACCAGGCCUGGCUUGCCAUCCUGGGCAAAAGAUCUUUGGAUGUUUAUUUUCAGCGACAGGAAACUCCUGAACAUUCCCCUGGUGACAAAUGAUGCAAGGUCCAGGAACGAGCUGUCCUCCAUCGUGGUGCAGAGCUAUAUGAGCCUCCAGGAACACGUCUUAGGGGAUGUCCCAUUCAGCUGGAGGAUCAAGGACUACCUGGAGGAGCUGUGUGUGCAGGCUCAGUACAUCACAGGUGUUGAAGAGCUGUCUGGCAAGCUGGUGGAGAUCUUCCAACAGACACCCCUGGGCAGGUUUCUGGCCCAGCUCUGCGCUGAGGAGCAGCAGGACCUUCUCCACUGUUACACAAAGGAUUUCCUCCUGCUCAACAUGAGAGUAGCCACCUGGGAGGAGCUGAAGUUUCUUCAGAUGGCCCUUUGGUCCUGCAUCAAUGAGCUGAAGACAGGGAAGGCCGAGGAUGGGUUUUCUCUACCAUGGGUGCACCUGGCCUACCAGCACUUCAGGAACCGGCUGCAGAACUUCUCCAGAAUUGUGACCAUCCACCCCCAAGUCUUCCAGGCUCUGGAAGGUCUCCGGAACCACAACCUGGCUGGUGGUGUGAUGAGCCUGGAUGUGUUAGCGGCACUGGCCUGCACUGAAAUGCUGACCUCAGAGAUGCUGCAGCCCAGCCCUCAGGCAUGGCUGCAGAUGGUGAAAAGCCUCUCCACACCACUGGAGCUGCUCUGCUCAGAUGGCUACCUUCGGGAAAGCAGGAGUGCAGUUUCAGGCCUCAUCACAGAAGUCAGAACCCACUGGAAUCUCAUCUCUUCCAUCGCCCUGUUUGUGGAGCAUGUUCUCUUGGGAACCCAGAGCCAGAUCCCCGAGCUGUGUCCACUGGUGACCAAGUACGUCUUCUCCCUCAGCAAGUGUCUGCAAGAGGACUCAGACAUGAAGACCCACGGGCCGUUUGUGGUGGUGAUGAAGACCCUUCACAAAUGCAAGAACCAGGCCAGCCAGACCCUCUCCAGGUUUGGCAUCCAGCCAUGUCCCAUCUGCCUGGGAGAUGCCCAGGACCCAGUGCUCCUGCCCUGUGAGCAUGCCUUCUGCCUGCACUGUGCCAAGUCCUGGAUCACCAUGGGCCAGAUGGCCUGCCCCUACUGUCUCACUGACCUACCAGAUAACUAUACACCCAGGGUCUCUCUGGAGCACAGGGCAGCAAUCCAGAAACACACCUGCUUCCGUGAGAUGUGCAACAGCUUCUUCAUAGACCUAGUCUCCACCAUGUGCUUCAAAGACAAUUCUCCUCCCCACAAGGACGUGGUCAUGGCCCUGCUGUCCUUACUUUUUGUACAGAAGGGACAUUUUAGAGAUGCCACCCAUCGAACCCAUGAACACACAAAGUCACUGUCUCCCUUUGAUGAUGUUGUGGACAAGAGCCCUGUCAUCCGCUCGGUGGUGCUGAAACUGCUUUUGAAAUACAGCUUCCAUGAUGUGAAGGACUACCUCCAGAACUACUUGUCUAUGCUGGAGCAGAAAGCCUUCAUCACGGAGGACAGAGCUGAGCUGUACCUACUCUUCAGCCACUGCCUGGAGGACUCGCUGCACGAGAAAAUGAGGGCCUUCUCCGCAAGCGAGGAGCUCAGGCACCUGAGAGAAGAGACUCGUUUCCUCAAGACAUGCCAACCCAGGAGAGGUGGCCGAGGCAGAGCGGAGGAAGUGUCUGUAGAUUACCUGCAGCAGAUGGCCCAGCUCCGCCUCUGUCUGGACCGGGCCUCCAGCUUCCUUGCUGAGCUGCAGGAAGGCCCAGAUGUGGCUGAGGAGAAGCGGCAGUACCUGGAGCAGGUGGCUCACUUCUGCACCCAUGCAGAGAACGACUGGUUCCGGGUCUACCUAGUGCGGAAGCUCACCAGCCAGCAUGGGAUAGAGUUGGUGCAGCGGCUCUCCAGGCAGGGCCACCCAGCCCGGUGGGUGUUCCCCAAGGGCGUCCUGACACAGCAGAAGGACAAUCCCAGCCAGAUAGACCGGUACCUGGUGUAUGGUGAUGCCUAUAAGAAUGUUCGAGAAGCUGUGGGCAAGGCUAUCCUGGAGUGCCAGUCCCAGACAGUGGAGGCCACUCUGCAGGCUUGCAAGGGGUCCAAAACUGAACAGGUGGUCUACUUCCUGCUAGCUCUGUUUAGAGAGGUCACUACUUCCUACAGGUCCCAGAACAAGAACCUUUACCCAAAGCCAGAGAAAUGCGAGGUUAUGAACAAAUUCAUUGAAGACAGCAAGAUCCUUUCUUCACCUGAUAUCCAAGAUUUUGCAAAGUCACUUGUGAACAAUACAUUCCCACUGCUGGGGACAGGCUCCAGUGACAGCAUCCUUGAGGGGACAGUGACAGAAAUGGCCAUUCAUGCUGCGACUAUCCUUCUGUGUGGGCAGAGCAAUGUCUUGGAGCCCCUCAAGAAUUUGGCCUUCUCUUCAGCCACCAUGCUGAAUUCUUUCCUUCCAACCAUGCCUGAAGAUUUACUGGCUCAAGCAAAGAACUGGAGUGGUCUGGAAGGUGUCCAUUGGUACACGUGUCCCAAUGGCCACCCAUGCUCUGUAGGAGAGUGCGGCAAGCCAAUGGAGCAGAGUUACUGUGUCGACUGCCACGCACCCAUUGGAGGAAUCAAUCAUAAUCCAAACCAAGGAUUUACAGCCAUCCAAAAUAACACAGACAGAACUCAAAUGGGCCAUGUGCUGGGAGACCCACCACCCCGAGACAUGGUGCUGGUAUCUGACCGCGGGUUGUCCCCAGUGGUCUUCCUCCUCAUCCGCCUGCUCACCCACCUGGCUCUGCUUCUGGGAGCCUACCACCACUCCCAGGAUGUGGGGAGGAUCAUUAAGCCACGGGUGAGGGACCCACAAGUCUUUCUGAAGCAGCACCUCCAGAGAGACUUGGAGCACUUGACACAGGUCCUUGGGAAAAGCGCCGAUGAGACAGUCAGUGUGGUCCACCUGGUCCUGCGCACCCUUCUCCAAGCAGGUUCUAUAAAUUUCAGUGUACAACUAUCAACCAAAGAUGGGAGAAACUACUGGGAAAAGAUUAUUGAGAAGAUUCUUCUCCCUGAGCUGCAGCACCUGGAUCAGUCCCUCCUGGCCGUGACCACUCUCAUCAGCCAGGAUGAGCGCAUCAGCUCCAACCCUGUGGCCAAAAUUGUCUUUGGGGACCCAGCGGCCUUCCUGCCCCACCUGUCUCAGAGCAGCAUGGUCCAUUGCUCCAGGAUGUGGAGCUGCAGGAAGAGGAUCACACUGGAGCACCUGCAGCACGUGGUGGCACAGAAGAACAGCAAGGACAGCGUGCCUGUCCUCUGGCAUUUCCUGCAGAAGGAGUCAGAGCUGCGGCUGGUGAAGUUCUUGCCUGAGAUCUUGGCUCUGCAGAGGAGCCUUGUGAAACGCUUCCAGAACAUCUCCAAAGCUGAGUAUGACUCCAUCAGAGGAUUUAUUAACAGCCACCAGUCAGAGGGGCAGAAGCAGCACAUCCACCGCAGUAUCACCAUCUUUCUCUCAACGUGGAACAAGCUGCGGAGAUCGCUGGCAACCAACGGUGAGAUCAAACUGCCUGAAGAGUACUGCAGUGCCGACUUUGAUCUGGACAGUGACUUUGAGCUCAUCCUGCCACGGCGCCAGGGCCUGGGCCUCUGCUCUACUGCCCUGGUCAGCUACCUGAUCAGCCUGCACAACGGGAUUGUUCGCACAGUGGAGACACUGUCCCAGGAAAACAGCAGCUAUUCUGUGGAUGCCUCUGAGGUCACGGACCUGCACGUUGUCAGCUAUGAAGUAGAGCGCGACCUGAUGCCCCUGAUUCUCUCCAACUGCCAGUACCAAGUACAGCAGGGGGGGGAGACCUUGCAGGAAUUUGACCUGGAGAAGAUCCAGCGCCAGCUCACCAGCCGUUUCUUCCAGGGCAAGCCCACCCUCAAGCUCAAGGGACUACCUACUCUGGUAUACAGACAGGACCGGAACUAUGAGCAGCUCUUUACAGAAAUCAAGAACAAAAUGCCACAGACCCCUCUCCCCAGCACAGCCAUCAGCACCAUUGCUGGGCAGCUGCAGUCCUACAGCGAUGCCUGUGAGGCCCUGUCACUCAUAGAGGUCACGCUGGGCUUCCUGAGCACGGCCGGUGGGGAGCCAGACAUGCACCUGACUGAGUAUGUACAGAACAUGCUGCGGAUGGCAGACCAGACGUCAGUGGUACUCGAGGCCCUGAGGAGGUGUCAGCUAAAGCACAUCAUCGCCCUCUGGCAACUCCUCUCUGCUCACAAGUCUGAACAGCAGCUGCGCCUGAAAAAAGAGCCCUUUGGGGACAUCAGACCCAGCUACAAAGUGGAGCUUAGCCCAGAGAACGCUGAACUCCUCGGUGCUUUCCUGAGUCAGACCAGCCUGGACACCUUCCUCCUCGAGCUCCAUGAGCUGAUGGUUCUGAGACUGAAGAACACCCAGGCCGAAGACUACAAUCCUGAGUGGAGCCUGAGAGAAACGCUAGUGGGUUACUUAGACACCAAAGAGACUGAUGUUCUUCUGGAUGUGGAGUCUCUGUUCCCAGAAGAGAUACCACUUUCCAAUUGUAUCUCCGUGUGGAAAAAGGCUGCUGAACUGAAACAGGAACGACAAGUGAGAUAGAAUUGUUUCAGGGCUAUCUCUACAGAUGAUGUGGGAGAGAAGGCUCUUGUCACCCAUGGGACAGGCCUCUUUGUGAGCGUUGAGAAGGAACAGUGUUGGGAACAGCACAACUUCAAAAUCAAUCUGAACUGCCCCAGUUCACAGUUGAACACCAAGAUGUUUCAGGAACAUGUGUAUGUCCUAGGACAUUCUCUUCAUUCUGACUGCUGUCCUUUGGGCAGUAGUCACUGUAAAUUACAGGAACUUGGAAGUGAGCACCAACUUUUACAUUCCAGGGGGGAGCAAGAUUAGCUUCCCAUUAUGACCCCUUGAACAAUGUAUGUCUGUCCUCCCAGCCACCAUAUCCCUUCUUCCUCAGACUCCCAAUAUAGCAAAGGAGGCACACAGGUUGGUAGAGUUUUGCCUUCCUUCCUCUUCCUUCCUUUCUCAUUCAUUCUGCACUCAGAGGAGAAUCUAUCUUCCUUUUUUCCCCCAUCCCAUUGGAUUCUAGUGCUGUGCAAAAUUGUAUAGGUCCUGAGGUGUGAAAAUAUGUCAGAUUCCUUUUUGUCAUCUCAAAUACAAAUCAAUACAAAUCAGGAAAUUUUGUGAAUGCCUUCAGAUCAAACUUAACAGGACCACACCCAGGCCCAUGUUAUCAUUCAUAACACACUGCCAAAUUUCAGAGGUAAAAGUAAAAGAAAAAAAAAAGCUCUUAUUUUGAUGAGCUCUGAACUUAAGCUCAGGAAUACUGGGGGGUGUUGUCUCAGUAUCCUCAUCUAUGAAAUGAGAGGAAUGGAUAAAUGGUCAUUUCCUUCCAGUAGCAGGCUUUUGGAAUUCUAAAAGUUUUUUAAAUGCAGAUGUGUAUGAAAGGUCUGGUUCCGGCAUCUAUGUGGAAUGUUUUUGACUGUCUAGCCCUAUGCCAAAUAAACAUGGCUAAGAUCUGGUCCUUUCUUUGGUUAUCCACCAAGGCAUAAAAACUACUCAGAAUAUUAAUCCAGUGAGGUUUGGAAGAAGCCAACUAGCCCUAAUCUUGUGCUGCCUUUCACAUUUUUUUUUUCUAAGUUUACUUGAUGGUUGAUGCCCUGGACUCAUCUCUUAAGGCAGACUAGCUUGGCAGCCAUGACCACUGAGUCCACACUGUUUACAAGUCAGAACAUGGCUUUCAUAUGCAUUAUAAGUGGGCUGACAACUCAAGUCAACUUGAAAUUGAGCCCACGAGGUGAAAGCUACAAGAGUCUCAAUAUAAGAUGCUUGGGGGUGGGGACAGGCAGUGCAUACCAUGUACAAAAACCCAGGUUUGAGCCCCUGCUCCCCUCCUGCAGGGGGCGCUGAAUGCAGUGUCCUAAUAUUCAGUCAUCUGUGCAUCUAUGCAAAGUCACUGCCCACCACCACCCAAAUCCAGAUCCUGGCAGCUCACUGAAUGGAUGGGGGUGGUGGUGCCCAGCUCUUCAACAUGGACUGGGGGUACCAUGGAUACCUCAGAAUUUGGGCAGAGCUGGCCUAGUUGUGGGCAUUCCUCUGCUUCUCACCUUUUCCACUGAGGGUCUAGUGUUAAUCUUUUGCUUUUAAUUUAGAAUUCUGCCCUACAAAGCUAAUUUUGACUUACAGUAGUUCUUUGGUAAGCUAGGAUCUCACAGCCUUAACUACCACUGUUUAGACAAAAAUUCUCAGAUUUGGUGCAGGCAAGUGCAAAUGUUACUGUACUGGUCACACCCACUUAAAUAAACUUGAAUCGUGCUAUUUAAA